GGGAACAUAUUGAUGCAGUUAUUCCCCUUUGUUCACUCUUCUUAGUGUUAUUGUCACAAUCAACAAAACCACGUGAAAGAGAAUGACAGAUAUGUCUGAUGAUGAGGAAGAAAUGCCUGACCUUGUGCCAGCAGAGGUCACACGGGUGCCAAUUACAGUGAUCACUGGAUUUUUAGGUGCAGGGAAAACAACUCUGUUGAACUAUGUUUUAUCUGAGCAACAUGGAAAAAAAAUUGCAGUCAUAAUGAAUGAAUUUGGGGAAGGCGAAUCUGUGGAGAAGUCAAUGUCUAUUGGACAGGAGGGAGAACUUUAUGAGGAGUGGUUGGAACUCAGAAAUGGCUGUCUCUGUUGUUCUGUCAAAGAUAAUGGGGUGAAGGCCAUUGAGAAUUUGAUGACCAAGAAAGGAAAGUUUGACUACGUCUUGUUAGAGACAACAGGAUUGGCUGACCCAGGACCAAUCGCUUCCAUAUUUUGGCUGGAUGAGGAGCUUUGUAGUGACAUAUUUCUAGAUGACAGAUAGCAUUGGCUGAUAUUAUUUUAUUGAAUAAAACUGACCUCAUUUCGGAUGUCGAGUUGGCCUCGCUGAAAGAACAAAUCAGAAGCAUUAACGGUUUUGCAAAAAUGAUUGAGACCAGUAUGUCAAGAGUCAACCUUGAUGAGAUUCUGGACUUGAACUCAUAUGAUGGAAAGAGUAAAAAUAGCAUGGAAGAGGUUUUUACACAAAGAGGAUUUUCUCAGCAGGACAAGCAUGUUAUAGACCAGAGUGUGACGACCUUGACCUAUGAGUUCAAAGGACAUGUGGACCCUAAACUUCUGGAGAAGGCUUUACAAGAUCUACUUUGGGAGAAAAUGGUAAAAGACUCCAAGGGCCAAGUCAUCGAAAUUUUUCGUUUAAAGGGUCUAAUGUCAACACCAGAUGACCCAAACAAACUUGUUGUCCAGGCUGUGCGAGAACUUUACGACACCUUCCGGGCGUCACCGUGGCAACAGGGCGAGACGAGAAUCAAUAGGAUAGUUUUUAUAGGUAAAAAUUUGGACAGACAGAUUUUAGAAGAUCUUUUUUCACCAUGCCAACUGGAAGACAGAUGACGAAGAAAACUAUUUAUAUUUGACAAUAUUAACAUGCAUUUUGUAUCAAAAUAUCCAGACUUUCAACUAUGAUCAUGAAUCAAUACGGAGGACAUUUGCAUCAUCAUGAGAUUUGAGAACGAAGUAGAACCCUUUCAUAUUCUUUUAAACUAUUUAAAUUAUUAAUGAAUAUUCCGACAAAUUAUAAGCCAACAUUUAUUCUUUAUAAUAUCCUUAUUAUCAUUUCCAAUAAAGCUGUAAGGUAUUGAUAUAUAUAUCGAUGAAUCCUGCUGUUUCUAGGGAAUAAUGACAGUGUAAAAAGGCUGUAAGAUUGUAAAUGGUACAUGUCUAUAGACUGAACUCUUGUUCUAAAUCCUCAACAUUUCUGUGUCAGAUUAUACACAAAAGAUGUAGAAAUAUCAAUAAAGAAAAAGAAUCAAGAAUGUUAUGUUUUUGAUGAAUGUGUGUUUGGUGUCAUGUUUUUGAUGAAUGUGUGUUUGGUUAUAUGUAUUGAUUCUGGACUGCUUCUGUACAUUUGUUAAAGUGUUAUUCAAUUCUAAAAAUAAAUAUUGAACUUAUCAACAAAA